UUCGUUCCCUCAUUUCUUCCAGAUGUUUGCGCGAACACUGGACGUGAGUGACUGGGAACGAUUCGGGCGAUACGCGCGACGGGUGCGCGCGCUGCAUUUCGACGAACACGGAACCAAGACCCUUGUGGCACGCGAGGCAUUCGACGAGAUCUCUCGGACGCGAGUCUCCCUCAACAUCCUCCCCAAUCUGCGCCGGCUGACGUGGGUUGCCACCAACAUCGAACGCAUGCGGCUGUCGCUCAUGUUCCAACACGAGAACAUCCACGACUUUGCCGUGUAUGUCCACCGCUCGCCGGCGUAUCCCAUCUCGACGUUCUUCAAAGAAGUCAUGCUGCGCAUGCCGCGCCUCAAAAACUUGGACUUGCGCUUCCACUUUCCCGCGCGCGAAGCCGAAGCCGACCUUGUUGACCUCUUCCUCGGCUUGCCAGGGCUGAAGAAGGUCAUCAUGCCGCUCUACACGCUCACCACUGCCGUCGUGGAGAAGCUUUCCGAGCUCAAGGAGCUCGAGACCGUGCAGUUCGAGUUCCAGGACUCGCAAGGGCGGGGCAUCAUCGAGGACGUGGCGCACUUUGACCCACAGCUGCGCGAAGGCUCCUUCCCAGCCCUGGCGGACAUAUCACUCAGCAUCAGGCUCCCCGACGUCACACGUUUCCUUUGCGGUAGCUUCGCUCCCGUCAACCUGACGUCGCUCUACAUACACGUCCUCUCGGCGUCGUCGGUCGACAACGUGCACGAGUUCCUGACCGCCGUGACCGAGAACUGCCAGCUCCUCCGACGGCUCUACCUCGACUUCUUCACCUCGGUCGACAUCCGCUCGGACCCAGAGCUGCCCGCGCUCACCUGGCAGACGCUGCGCCCGGUCAUGUACUGCGCGAACCUCGUCGAGUUCGAGGUCCGCUGGGACAAGCCGUUCGACCUCACGCAAGCCGACGUCGAGGAGCUCGCGGCCAAGUGGCCGUCGAUCGAGACGCUCAUGCUCAAUUGCGAGCCGAUGCACGUCGCGUCGGCCCCGGCGCUGGACCUGCGCGCGCUCGUGCCGUUCGCGCGGCACUGCCCGCAGCUGAGCGAGCUCGGGCUGUACCUGAACGGCGACGCCGCGCUCCGCGACGCGGGCGGCGGCGGCGGCGGCAGCAGCGCCACGCUGCCCGUGCCGCAGCCGUUCGCGAGCCUCACGCGGCUCUGCCUGGGCAACUCGCCGCUCGGCGCGAGCGGCUCGGCGGCGCUGUUUCUGAGCCAGCUGUGCCCGCUCGGGUGCGAGGUGAUCGCGGGCGUGACGUGGCCGGACGGGUUCGCGAUCCGGGACGACGUCGUGGACGAGGAGACGCUCGUGCGCCUGAACACGCAGGCGACGGUGUGGUUCGACGGCUGGAAGGAGGUGAACCGCACGCUGCCGCUGCUCACGAGCUUGCGCAUCGAGGAGCGCGAGCGGCGCGCGGCGAUGGAGCGGGACCUGCUCGAGCUCCAGGCGAAGGCGCGGACGUGGGCUGAGCAGGCGGACAUGGUGCCUGUGGACACGCGUAGAGACGGGAUGUGUGUUAUCGCGUGAUGCUGGCAUGAGAACGGACUCUGGUUUGUUUACUUUCUUGCUUGCUGCGUUGUAUGUCCUGUAGUCUUGUUGGAAAUCGCAAAACACGCCA